UGGCGAGGCCCUUCUGCCGUGCGGCAGCCAUGGCGGCCUCUGAGGCGGCGGCGGCGGCGGGGUCCGCGGCUCUGGCCUCGGGCGCCCCGACCGUCCCGACGGCCGCGAGGGGAGCCGCCGCCGCCGCCUCGGGCCCGUGGGGGCCUCCCGGGCGACUGAAGGGCAGCCGGCCGCGACCCGCGGCGGCGAGGCAGCAGCCCGCGGGUCCGGCGCCUCCGGCCCGGGAGCUGAUCCAGCCGUCGGUGAGCGAGCUGUCCCGGGCCGUGCGGACCAACAUCCUGUGCACCGUGCGCGGCUGCGGCAAGAUCCUGCCCAACAGCCCGGCGCUCAACAUGCACCUGGUCAAGAGCCACCGCCUGCAGGAUGGCAUAGUAAAUCCAACAAUAAGAAAAGAUUUGAAAACCGUACCGAAAUUCUACUGUUGUCCAAUUGAAGGAUGCCCCAGAGGCCCUGACAGACCAUUUUCUCAAUUUUCUCUCGUAAAACAGCACUUUAUGAAAAUGCACGCCGAAAAGAAGCAUAAGUGUAGUAAGUGCAGCAACUCCUACGGCACCGAGUGGGACUUGAAAAGGCACGCCGAGGAUUGUGGCAAGACCUUCCAGUGCACGUGCGGCUGUCCCUAUGCCAGCAGGACCGCCUUGCAGUCCCACAUCUACCGAACUGGCCACGAGAUCCCUGCAGAGCACAGGGACCCACCUAGUAAGAAAAGGAAAAUGGAAAACUGCCUGCACAGCCAGAAGCUGUCCGGUAAGACCACCGAGUCAUUGAGCAGUCAGCCAGCUCCAAGACCAGACACUCAAGAACUAGAAACUUCAGAAAUAAAACUAGUCACUACUUUUGAAGACUCUUGCAACUCUAAUGCCGGAAAGCAGACUCUUACGACACCUCCAAGAUGCCCUCAGAAGUUGCUUUUACCCAAGCCCAGAGUGGCUCUGGUGAAACUUCCUGUUCUGCAGUUUUCUCCCACGCCUGUCUUUGUGCCUACAGCCGACUCCUCGGCCCAGCCCGUGGUGUUGGGCGUGGAUCAUCAGGGUUCCGCCCCGGGCGCUGUGCACAUACUGCCCUUGUCGGUCGGAACCCUGAUCCUCGGCCUAGAUUCAGAGGCUGGCUGUCUCAAGGAGAGUCUCCCUCUUUCAAAAAUCGUGAAUCCUGUUGCUCUGGAGCCAGUUAGUACAGGUGUUCAGGUGAACUUGGGUAAGAGCCUGUCUAAUCCUUUACAAGAACUAGGAAACACAUGUCAGAAGAAUGGCAUUUCUUCAAUCAACGUGCAGACGGACCUGUCUUACGCCACACAGCACUUCAUACCUUCCUCCCAGUGGGCCGGCCCUGAUUCCUCCGUAUCUUCCUGUUCUCAAACGGAUUUGACGUUUGGUUCCCAAGUCUCCCUUCCCAUUAGUGUUCACACUCAGACAUUCUUACCCGGUUCUAAGGUAACCUCUUCCAUAGCCGCUCAGACUGACACGUUCGCAGAUGCCUGUUACCAGCCAGGUGGGAUCUCCAGAGAAACCCAGACCAGCGGGAUGCAGAGUCUGACAGAUGGCCGAGUCCAGAUGGACCAAGCUGUAAUGUGUGGAGACAUUUUUGAGAGCGUCCAUUCAUCCUACGGUGUUUCCACAGACAAUAUCUUAAGCAGCAGCCUAGUAGCAGGGACUGUCACUCAUGGUUUGUUACCUCAGAACCACCCUAAGACUUUAAAUCAAGAUAUUGAGAAAUCUGCACCGAUUAUAAACUUCGGCGCACAGCACAGUAUGCUUCCUCCACAGAACAUGACGGAUAAUCAGACCCAGACUAUGGAUUUAUUAAGUGAUUUAGAAAACAUCUUGUCAAGUAACCUGCCUGGUCAGACACUGGACAAUCGUAGUCUUUUGUCUGACCCGAAUACUGGACCUGACACCCAGCUCCCAUCUGGCCCAGCCCAGAAUCCCGCAAUCGAUUUUGAUAUCGAGGAGUUCUUUUCCGCCUCAAAUAUCCAAACUCAAACUGAAGAGAGUGAGCUUAACACCAUGACCACUGAGCCAGUCUUGGAAUCUCUGGACAUAGAGACCCAAACUGACUUCUUCCUUGCGGACACCUCUGCCCAGUCCUAUAGCUGUAGGGGAAAUUCGAACUUCUUAGGCCUCGAAAUGUUUGACACGCAGACACAGACAGACCUAAACUUCUUCUUAGACAGUAGCCCCCAUCUGCCUCUGGGAAGUAUUCUGAAACACUCCAGCUUUUCCAUGAGUACGGAUUCGUCUGACACAGAGACCCAGACCGAAGGAAUGUCCGCUGCUAAAAGCAUACCUGCCGUAGAGAGUAAAGUUCAGUUGAACAGCACAGAAACACAGACCAUGAAUUCUGGCUUUGAGACCCUGGGCAGUUUGUUCUUCACCAGCAACGAAACGCAAACCGCAAUGGACGACUUUCUUCUGGCCGAUUUGGCCUGGAACACAAUGGAAUCUCAGUUCAGCUCUGUAGAAACCCAGACGUGUGCAGAACCACACACGGUCUCCAACUUCUAAACGUGAAGUCUGUGCGCGGGUCGGCCUUUACAGUUUCCUUCCGGGUUCAGCGAAUGGAGGGUAGGACGACAGUGUUAACGCCGUUGAAUGUAGUUCCUGAUGCGUUUACUUGGGUCCUUGGAGGUUCUUUGCCUUUUGUACUUGUAAACAUGAAAUUUGUGUAUAAAUGUGAGUGUAUUAUAAAGCGUAAGAUGUUGAUCUAAAAAUGAUUGUUUCUGUGUUGCCUCCAUUUGCCCUCUCACAGUUAGUUGUCCCAUCUUAAAAGAACAAGAGUGUCUCACACCUGUAAAACCCAUCUAGCACUUAGCUGAAGCCAAGCUUACCAGGUCCUAGGGUACAGACUUUUCAAAUCUGCAAAACAUUUCAGUUGAAAUGUGAGUCGCUUGACUUAAAUUGCACCUAAAAUAUCCGACGGUGUUGGAGAGAAGUUCCUGUUUCCUGAGAGUAAAUCUAAAGAACUCGGACGCCACGCAGCAGAUUUGGGCACGAGUGCUUAGGUGGCGUGGGGCUCCUGCCGCCUGCAGCUUCGUCGGCUUUGACCUCUCCCUUUUUUUCUGACUUGGAGACGAAGGAAAACUACAGCCAGCUUUAGCUUUUGAGACCGUCUUCGGGUAACCAAUGCUUAUUCUUCCUCCACACGAACCAGGAGUGAUCCCAACGUAAGUGUACUGUACUUGCCUCACAAGACGCGUUUCGGAACAAUUACUGCUUCAAGAAGUAGUGGCCAGCCCUCAGUGUAAAUAGUGAUCCUUCUGGUCGAAGUGACCGUCCGUCAUCCCAGCCACGGGAACGCCGCGUUGUGGAAUCGUGCCCAGUUAGCUCAUCCUGGAGUGUGCCCUGUGAACACCCCUGCUGCUCUCCCCAGUAGGCAAGGGGGGGCGCUCCAGAGCUCCUUCUCAAAGUGGACCCAUAGGCUGGAUCUGAGUUGUGUCUAAAUGUUAAGAAAAACAAUAAUGGAGAGCGAAGAGGCCAUUCCCCCCUAAAUCUCCGUACUUUGUGUAAGCUUGAAUAGGGCAAGAGUGCAAUCAAUUAUUCUCAAGUGAAUCUUCAUCCACCUCUCAUCUUUUCCUGGAGUAAGGAAAGACAUUGGCCCAGCAAGGGUAGUAUUUGUGCCUUGAGGAUAAGAAGUACAUAACAGAUCCACCCGCACUAUGGGAUUCCACAUUUUGUUGCUUUAUUUAGACAGCAAUACCAGUCUUCAAAGAAGAUGAAGACCAACUACUUCAGUAAUCAAGAACAUCCACGUUUUUAGUUGGGAGCAUGGCCAGAUACGCUCUGGAGGUUUUCUCUCUUCAGGAAAUCAGGAAUUCUUGGUUGUUGGCCAACUUUCAGUCAAGGAAAAAUCGGUGCAGCCCCUAAGUUUUCUAAGUUUAUUUAAAAAAAAAAAGUUCCUUCUGUGGCACAUGCUUAUGCUGCUGAAGACUAAACCCUCAAAAUAAAACCUAAGGAGUAGACUAAUAACUCAUUAAAUGGAUGAUAUUAGUAUUAAUUCCUGUCCCAUAGAAUAGUUGGUAGUGAAUCAAUAACUUAUCCAGGACGGAUGAACCUAACCUGAUAGAUAAAAGUUUGCUGUGGUCACAGUGGCCUAUGAAUAUGGGUUUCAAAACAGACAUAAAGCCUUAACUUAGAAUUUCAUUAUGUUUUAGAACUGUCACUGCCUUAAUGUUCAAACAUUUAUUUAAGUUCUCCUAGUCAGGGAGAAAUGCAUGUUCGUUUAUGGCUUUUUGUAAAUACAAAUGCAGUGAUCUUUGGCUUUAAACAAAAAUGUGUUUUGUUUUGUUUUGUUUUGUUUUGUUUUGUUUUGUUUUGUUUUGUUUUGUCUGUGUGGAAAUGUUUGUUAAUUCAGCCAGUAGAGUUACUUACAGAAAAUUGGAGCAUGUCGUAGAUCUUCAUGUAAAGUAAGAACUGUUUCCCUCCCAAACCUUAGUUACCUGAAUUGUCCUAUGAUUAUCCGUAAAAAAUGAAAUCCUGUGAUUAAAGAGAAGUGAGAAUUCUA